AUGCAUUCGUUUGGGUACAGAGCCAAUGCUUUGCUAACGUUCGCAGUCACAAUUUUGGCCCUCAUGUGUGCCAUGGCCUCUAUCUCUGAUAAUCUCAACCACCCCACUCCCACUUCCCAAGUCCAGGUGCUGAACAUCAAUUGGUUUCAGAAGCAACCAAAUGGCAACGACGAGGUCAGCAUGACUAUGAAUAUAUCAGCAGACUUACAGUCAUUGUUUACGUGGAACACAAAGCAGGUUUUUGUUUUUCUAGCCGCUGAGUACGGAACCCCAAAGAACUCACUGAAUCAGAUCUCUCUGUGGGAUGGGAUCAUACCAACCAAAGAGCAUGCAAAGUUUUGGAUUCAUACUUCAAACAAGUACCGUUUCAUUGAUCAGGGAAGCAAUCUCCGGGGUAAAGAAUUCAACUUGACGUUGCACUGGCAUGUGAUGCCCAAGACUGGCAAAAUGUUUGCUGACAAGAUAGUCAUGUCUGGAUAUCGCUUGCCACAGGAAUAUAGAUGA